UGCAGUCACGUGACUCUGCGCGGCUGCUGUGUGUUGUGCUCGUUGUUCCAGCUCGUUGUUCCAGCUCUUUGGACUGUUGUGUGUCGUGUUUUCCUCGCCAUGAGUAAGAGCAAGGCGAGCGGCGUGGCCUGGGUCAAGCCGGCGGAGCCCACCUUCCUCAAGAAGUUUAAAAGCGAUGUUGGCUACAAGGAGGGGCCCAAUGUGGACACCAAGCGCCAGCUGAUGCCGACGCUGGACGACGACAGCGGGAGCGACCGAGAGGACGAGCUCCCUCAGGUGGUGGUGCUGAAGAGUGGAGACCUGACUGCAGAGGAGGUGAAGAAGGUGAAGGGGGAGACGGGAGCAGGAGGAGCAGAGAAAGACAAAGAAGCCGACGGUAAAAUCCUGUUCAAGAAACCGGCCAAGCGCUCCUCCUCAGACAAGUUCCAGGGCAUCACGGCCAGCUCCAGCAAAAAGAAGAAGAGCCAUGACAGAGAGAAGGAGGACGUAGAGAAGGAGGAGGGGGAGAAGAAGGACGGGGAGAAGAAGGACGGAGAGAAGAAGGACGGGGAGAAGAAGGACGGGGAGAAGAAGGAGCCGAAGUCGGGAAAGAAAGUGAAGAACAACAGCCUGCUGUCGUUCGGAGGAGACGAGGACGAGGACGACGACUAAACCCCCCCCGUCGUUCCUAGAGUAGUGUGUAUAUCACGGUAACGUUUGAGAGGAUUGGUCAGAGAGAGAGAGGCCUGAAGUCAUGUGGCAUCAUUCAGUCUUUCUGCUGUUUCACCCGACAACAGGACAGACGUCAUACAUUCAUCCUACACCGUUCCCACGGAGACACAGACUCCUAGUCCGAGCAGAGCUCGAAAAACUAGCAACGGUCCAGCGUUUGAUCUGCUGGAGUCAGAAUCACUGGUGACGCGUCAGAGUCAGAGUCAGAGUCCUUCCAACACACACGUAUUCUAACAGACGCUUAUUUUGAUUUGCAAAGACCAUAGUUUCCAGCUGACACACACACACACACACACACGGGUAACAGUUCCUGCUGAGUCGCAGCUUCUCGUAACACGCCGUCCGUCAG